AUGUCGACCUCGCAGGACACCUCUCAGACCAGCAACACUUCGGCGGUGGUGUACCGCUCACUGCCCAUUCUCAUCGCCUACCUCAGUCUUUCCGCCUCACUCGCCCUGCACGCCUGUCGAAGCAUUUAUGUUCGAUACAAGACGCGACGGAUGCAAAAUGACUGGGGAAAUGCCCAACGUCGCCGCCAGUUCGCGCUCUUCGCAGGUCUGGCGGCGUUGAGCCUCGGCACGACGUGGUACUACAUGUUUGCGUUUUUUGCGCACUCGUACCGCAACUGGGAAAGCGGCGCCUCACUGGCAAUUACUGAGAACUAUGGCCCCUCUCUGGCGUGGAUCUCGAAAGUAGAGCUGUGGCUGCAGCACACGAAACUGUUCCGCGAGGCUUGGGAGACUGUCAUCGAGACGCCGGCGCGGUUCUGGUGGAGCGGGCAGAUCUUCUUGUGGACUACGGGGUGGAGUGUCUUUCUGGGGACUAUGGGUAUGGUUUUAGUCUCCUUAAUUCUCUGGUCGAUGGCUUGUAUUUCUCACUUCUCUUUCGCAGCCCGGAGAUAUCGCAUUCCCAAUCCCUGGAUCUAUAUGCUCUUGGGCCAGAUUGUUGCUAUAUCCUUUGCGCAGAAUCUGUUCCUUGCCACCAUCCUUGUGUCCAGACAACAGUCAUCUACUCCCAAGAGCAAUCGGGGCAGCAAGGACGAUGGCGAUCAUCAGGAUGAAGGGAACUGGACUCCCCCUCUCUUCCUGGAGACCUUCCCCGUCGCCCUGUCUCUGGUCAGCACAGUGCUGGUGCCAUUAGUUGCACACACCCGAUACUUUAUGCUCAUCUUGCUGAUCCCGCAUCUGCUACUUUUUGUUCCCGCUGUUCUACGUCCAUCUGCGGGAAGUAAAACUCCUACAACCCGCACUGGAACAAGCAACGACAGCCGCGUGUCUGGCAAGACAGGUGCAGCGACGCGGCGAUAUAUUGUCUUCUUUCAGUGGUUCGUGGCUAUUUGUGUUAUUGUCCAUGCCCAAUACACGUACUCGGUGUUGGGAAGUGUCGCAGAGACCUCAUCUGGCGCUGCCCCGUAUGGUGCAUUGGCUCGAAUCCUGCUCGGUGCGGUAUAUGAGCAUCCGGCUGUAAGCAGUGUGAGUUGGGAUGUUAUCUGCUGCACGCUUACUGGAGUGGCUUGGAUCACCGUUCAUGAAGGCGAUAUAGGCCGGAUGCUGGGUGAGAUGGAACCUGUGAAGACUCGUGAUGAUUGA